AACUGAAAACAUCUCUCUUAGAUACAGAAAAUACAUUUUCUUUCAUCAUAAUUAAAAAUCCAUAAAUUGAUUUUCAUCCUCUGAAGUUACAUGACAGAACGCUCUCAGAUUAACUGACGGCUCCAUCCUCAGCGAGCUGUGCUGCAAAUGUAAAGAUCUCACAUCCCCCUUGGGUUUGCUGCAUAUUGAUUUUUGACUUUUCAUUUAUCAGCUAAACACUUAAACACUAUGAUCCUCUCGGAGCACUUUAUUCAUUGUAAUGACUGUAACCUGCUUGUCCUUGCAAGGUGGUGGUGAGGCUUAUCUCCAUCGGUCACUUGGCAAGAGACACGGUACACCCUGGACAGGUCACCAUUAUAUUCAUAUCCAGGAUUUGUUUAAAUGUGGACGAUACUGUGUGUCUAAGUUUGUGGUGAGAAGAAGGUGGAUUCAAAAGCACGUUGCAACAUACAACCACUACUACUAUUUUAUUUAUAAAGCACUUUAAAACAACAGUAGCUGUGACAAAGUGCUGUACAGAUGAAAAUCAAAAUAAACAUGCAAAAUAUGAAAAAGACAAAAACAGUAAAAUACCAUAGCAGAAGUAUGAGGAAAAAGUCUCAACAAGUGUUAAAAGCCAAAGAAUAGAACUUUAGUUUAGACCUUGGUACCUCCAGGAGCAGGUGAUCCGCUGACUUGAAGCAAUGAGCGGGAGAAUAUGGGUGAAGCAGCUCGGAGAAGUAAGAUGGGCUCUGCGGCAUUCCCGUCUGACAGCACGAGCUUUAUCAUUAAACCAUGGCUCAGCUUUGGCCUUAGGCUGCAUGAUUUUCAUAGGGGCCACAGUAUCCAGAAUAAUCACAGGUGAAGUUACAACAUGCUAGUACGGUAUGGUAAGACUAAUGCUAAAUAAAGUGACCUAGGACUUAUCUCACACCUGAAAAUUAAUUUUUUUAGCUUCAGCUUUCAAAAAUACAAUGUUCACUUAUAUGUUUCUAAGGUUGUACAGUAGCAUGCAUGAGAGAGAUUUAAUGGCACAAAGCUGAUAGAGGUGCAGAUCAUUACUGCUCACUGUGUUUUUAAAACAUGGCAGCCACAAACGUGCAGCUUUUUAAGGAAGAUCUUUUUGUUACAUUGUUGUAAUUUUGACUUCAGGGACUGUUCUAAUUGAGUUUUUUCUUUAGUCUUUAGUCUAAAAUGUCCACUUUAAGGAACAAAUGGGAAGCGGCUAACUACUGCUAGCAAUGCAAGGUAACGGGCUCAGUAAUAGAUGUAAUAAAGUUCAGUAAUAGAUGUUACACAGUAGUACGUGUCUGAUUUAAUUAAAUAAAACAUGUAGAACAUAAAUCCAUCUUCAUCAGUCGUGCGUAUAAUUGAUCAAAGCAGUUAAUGCUGAUAAAACCAAUUUUACUGUUUGUACCUGAAACAAAAGUAGUGAUCUUGAAGGGUACAGCUGAAGGACACUUUAGGGCAAUGUCAUCAUGGUUCACUACCUCCUCAUGUUGCCAGACUGUCAGCACCACGGUCAAUAACAUCCAACAUAAACAGCAUGCAUCAUGCAACAAAUUAGGGGGCUGCAGUAUAUUUGGUCAAUGGAGUUGGUGUUAAGGUUUUUCAACCCUGAAUAAUUAAAUGCAUUCUACCAAAUCAAAAUCCUUCCAAGACCGCUACCAUGCUGAUGUGAUGUUGAAAGGGAAACCCAGUGACUGUCUCCCUUUUGCUUUGUUAUCAAUGCCCUGCAUUGAUUUUCCCGUCGCUUCCUGUGAGAUAUAGUGUGGCAUCGAUGGGAUCCAAUGUUGGUGUGCUGCAGGGCACUCCUCUGCUCCAUGCCAGCCAGGGUGGAGGGCUUAACAUUGACAGCUGCAGUCAUAAAGUGCUAACAAGAAGAGCGAUUGCUUUGCCCAAACAUGGAUCCAGAACAAAAGACUUUGGAGGACACCUGUUAAACGAUAGUUUAGAGGGAUGGUUUUCUCGUUGAGAUUUACAACAAUCUGACCUCCUGGUUCCAGUCAGUAUUUUGAUGGUUUAGGUUUGACUCAGACCCCAUGAAGGACGAGGAUCCGGUCAUCAGGAGCCCUGAAUGUCGUUCUCUUUCAACGCCCAGGAUGGAGCUGCUCAGCCCGCCACAGGGAAAGGAGCACUCUCAGAACGUCACGGAGAAGGUCACGCAGGUGCUUUCUUUGGAGUCAGAUGUUCUGCCAGAAUACAAACUCCAGGUUCCAGAGACAACCUGGUGGAUCCUGCUUCACUACAGCCCAUUCAAGGCUUUUUGGGACUGGAUUAUUCUCCUUCUGGUCCUCUACACGGCUGUUUUCACUCCGUACUCAGCCGCCUUCCUGUUGGAUGAACAUGGCAACCUACGACAAAGGAGAUGUGGCUACACAUGUAACCCUCUGAAUGUGGUGGAUCUCAUGGUGGACGUGAUGUUUAUCGUGGACAUAGUCAUCAACUUCCGCACCACGUAUGUGGAUCACAACGAAGUUGUGGUCACACAGCCGAGCCGGAUAGCCAAGCAUUAUAUCAAGGGCUGGUUUUUGAUUGAUAUGUUUGCGGCGACCCCCUUUGACCUUCUCAUUUUCAGAUCUGGGUCUGACGAGAUGGCGACCUUAACAAGCCUGCUGAAAACAGCCCGUCUGCUGAGGCUGGUCCGUGUGGCCAGAAAGCUGGACCGAUAUUCUGAAUAUGGAGCUGCUGUCCUCUUCUUGCUCAUGUGCACCUUCGUGCUCAUCGCCCACUGGCUUGCCUGCAUCUGGUAUGCCAUUGGCUUCGUGGAGAGGCCAUACACAGAGACCGGCUGGUUAGACAACCUGGCUGAACAGCUAGGGAAGGCGUACAAUGAAAGUGACUCCACCUCUGGCCCAUCGGUGAAGGACAAAUACGUCACAGCUCUAUAUUUCACUCUGAGCAGUUUGACAAGCGUGGGGUUUGGUAACGUCUCUCCAAACACCAACUCUGAGAAGAUCUUCUCGAUCUGCGUUAUGGUCAUUGGAUCUCUCAUGUAUGCCAGCAUAUUUGGAAAUGUGUCUGCUAUCAUCCAGAGGCUUUACUCUGGCACGACCCGCUACCACACCCAGAUGCUACGGGUCAAAGAGUUCAUCCGCUUCCACCAAAUUCCUGGUGGUCUGCGCCUAAGGCUGGAGGAGUACUUCCAGCAUGCCUGGUCUUACACAAAUGGCAAAGAUAUGAAUGCUGUGUUGAAGGGGUUUCCAGAGUCCUUGCAGGCAGACAUCUGUUUGCAUAUAAAUCGCUCUUUGCUGCAGAACUGCAAGGCUUUCCGCGGAGGCAGCCAAGCAUGCCUGAGAACCUUAGCUAUGAGGAUCAAGACAGUCCAUGCACCUCCAGGAGACAUUCUGAUCCACUGUGGAGACUUCCUGGACUCUCUCUUCUUCAUCUCACGUGGUUCCAUCCAAGUCAUGAGGGAUUAUGUUGUUGUAGCUUUGUUAGAAAAGAAUGACAUAUUUGGCGAGCCUAUCCACCUGUAUGAUGAACCAGGACGGUCCAACGCAGACGUGUACACAAUCACCUACUGCGACCUGCACCGGAUCCCGAGGGAAGACCUGCUUGAGGUUCUUGAUAUGUACCCAAGUUUUGCUGACGACUUCUGGAGGAACCUGGAGAUCACUUAUGAUCUGCGAGAUACUGAUCAAAUGCCACCAAUAAUAACUGAUGAAUCUGGGGAUGACGAUGAAUGUCGCCACAAACUGAAGCACAGAAUCCACUCCCUUGACUGCAGAAUAAGACCAGAUGGAAUCGAUCAUGAAGACUCGUACCCCCAUAAGUCCAGCCAUUACUCACCUCCUCAGGGUGGCUGGGAGGACCUCUGGAGCUGUGGAUCCUCCUGUUCUCAGUCGAGUGAGGGUCUGUCGAAGACUCCCGCUCAAAAAACCAGGGUAGAGCUCUACCCCACUGAAAAGCCCAGACGGCAGUGCUCUCCCUCUGUGGCUCAACAGCUGCCCCAGAGUGGAGCCUCAGUGGGGAGGGAUGUGGUGUUGAAUCAGCGCCACCAAGCUUCAUCCUUGAAUCUGCCGGGAAUGUAUCGAUGCUGGCCCGAUCAACAACAGCCACAGCAGCAUGUUUUACGAUCUUCUUCCAUCUGUAACUCAGUCCCCCCACUACUGAUUGCAGAAGAAAGACCCAGUGAGCUCGAGUCUCAACUUGAAGUCCUGCAGUCGCAGCUCAACAGGCUGGAAACUCGUAUGACGGCUGACAUCAACGUUAUUCUCCAGACUCUGCAGAGACAGAUUGCACCAGUUCCCCCAGCAUACAGCAUUGUAUCACCCAGUACGCUGCCUAUUGAUCCAUCUGCUCUGUACGGGACUGGGGCUACAGUGUUGCACAGCGUAUAUCCAGUUUCCCCAGGUCGGAUGGACUGCAGGGCAUCCAAACAGAGCUGGGACCACAUGGAUCUUAAAUCCUCCAGGAAGUCUCAGGAGUCCUUAUCCAGCGGCAUCCAUAUGACUGCAGCCUCUGAUGACACAAUGUCCAUGAAUGUCACCCCUGAAACUGAGACUCAUGCCGAUUUAACCCCUAAGUUACCACAGCAAUUGCCCAAAUCCGCUCUUGAACCCAUCUCCAGGCUGUGUGAGACAGUCCGCUACCCCUCACUACCAGUGAAUCUGGACCUGACCACAGGACCGGCUGAGAUCCAGAAACACACCUCGGACCCAGUGCUGCCUGUCACCUGAUUGGUCAGCUUCACCUGAAAAGAACGAACUCUAAGUAACUCUCGGGCUUCUGGACAGGAGGCAUAUAACAAAUCCGUCUUCUUUUGUUUGCUAACAGCUAUCAUUACACACAUGAAUGGCAAAAAUAACAUGCAGUGCUUUGCAAACCAACCCAUCACUGUUCAACUUUUCGACGUUUUUACGUCACAACCUCAAACGUUCAUGGAUUUCAUUGGGAUUUUGUGUAAGAGACAAAUGCAAAGUCGUGCAUAGCUGUGAAAUGAAAAGAAAAUCUAUGGUUUCCCAAUUUAUAAAAAUAAAAGUCUGAAAAAUAUGCCC